AUGGUAGAUAUCGGUUGCACACCAUUAACUGGAUUUCGAAAUUCGAAGAUUGCAUGGUGGUAUAACAUUACAUAUCUAGAAUACAUUAAAGAAACUUAUUCAAUCGUUAUUAAGUCUCAGCCACCGCCAAAUAUAAAAUCUCUUAAUGCAUCAAUACUCACUCGAUUUGAGAAUGAAAGAAUGCUCAAUUUGAUUGAUGAAAUGUUGUUAGAAACAAUAAUAAGUAAUAAUACACAUUUUGAUCAAUUCUAUAAUGAAUGUUUACCUCGAUCUUGCACAUACACAAAUAAACAACGUCGCGGAAUUCUAGCAUCAUUACUUCUUCUUAUUGCUAUAUGUGGUGGUCUAAACAAAAUUUUUCGAAUACUUAUACCAUUGUUUGGUAAACUUAUUUUCUCUUGUAUUGAUUGGUGGAAAAGACGUCAUACUCGACGUAUCAUUUCAAUAAGUGGUUAUGUCAAGCAUCUUUUAAUCACUACUUAUCAAUCAAUUAAAACUCUCAACUUAUUUAAGACUGAACCAACAGAAGAGAUAUUAAUUCGUCAACAACAAAUAUAUACGCGAGUCUAUUUAGUUCUUUAUAUAAGUUCUCUCAGUAUAUUACUCUUCUAUACAGCUCUUGUUAAUCUUAAUAUCGAUAAACGAUAUUACUUAUCUUCGAUUAUGGAUUAUGAAGAAUUUCUCAUAGAUCAUCCUUCAGAUGAUAUUACUUGUCCUUGCACACAUAUAUCAAUUCCUUAUGGUAACUUUAUCAAUGAAUUACAAGUCAAUGCAUUUCAUGAAGCAUGUACAACAGAUGCAAUUCAUAAAAUUUUGCGAUAUGGUAAUAUGAUUUAA